AUGUUAGGUCUGCUCCAAGAGCGCGGAAACCGGGCUAAGCCAAGUGCCCUGUUCAGGAACCCUCAAGAAAGCGAUGAAUGUGCAUCGGCAGAGGCUGGUGCUGACAAGCUAGAGGGCUAUGAUGUGCGAAUCAUCCCGUUUAUCAUGAUGCCGAAGGGGCUGCGUGCCAAAGAUCCGGAUGCACUCAAGGAGGCAGUUCUGGCCAUCCCAUGCAGAAGGCUCCGCCGCUGCUUUAACACAGAGACUGACCCUCGGCGAGGUGCAGAUGCCCGUUCGCAGUUUCAGGCACUCUUCCAGUCCCAGGAUGCCUUGCAAAGCCUAAGUAUCUCUGAAGAGGAGAUUCGACAGGAGGUCGUCCGCUUGGCCAGCGACUUGCGAGCAGAGCCGCUAAAGAGACCCACCAGGAUCUCAUUCCACGGCAUCCAGCUCUAUUUGCUUAUCUGCAGGUCAUCCCAUGCGAGACGACAGUACGCGAUUCUCGAGCUUCCUGUUCUCGAAGCAGAGCGGCGCACUGUGGCCUUUCUGCUGUCCGCUUCCACCAGUCAGCACUGCGUCUUGCUUCAGGCCAUGGCGCAGGAUGUUCAUAGCUGGCUGCUGUGGCAGUCGCAGGCCUUCGCGAAGCAGGCCCCGAAGCUGCCAAAGGAGGAGAUACGAAAGCGGCGAUCUCACAAGAGCAAGGCCUCCAGGCAGCCGCUGGAGGAGCCCAAGGCUUCGGCGAACUGUGAGGAGGUGAGCCGAAGAAGCCCUGAUGAAGGCAGUCCGUCCCCGUCCCCGCGGGUGGGGCUCUUCACCGACGGAGAGGCAGUUUGGAUGGCUCACUCGCUACUGGUGGCUGCCUUUGCUGUAUGCCUGCUGGUAUACUGGAGCUCCUUGGAGCAUACACCAGCUUCGCAAGUUGCAGGGUGCUCAGUCCAGCAGCACGAAAUGGUCGGGAUCCCGAUUCUGAUGGAGCUGGUGUUGGCGGGUCAGCUGGCUGGCUACUUGCUGUACUGGAGGCAUGUCCAGAUCCACCAGCUAAGCCUUGACUGGACAAAAUCGGUCGGCAGGGAUGCACCACAGCGACGCUCGUGGCAGGGACACCUUCAAAAGAUCAAGAGCAGCAAGCUGGCAUACAAGUCAAAUCAAGACUUCGGGUUAGUUUUGAGCCUCAUGGUAGAUGCAGGGCAGAAGCUCUCUCUGCCGGCCGUCUCUGACACGGAUGGUGCUGACGAGUUGGAAGCCUGGCUGUGCGAAUCGCAGUCUUCGUUGCUGAGCUGCCACACAGUCGAUGCGGCUGGGCGACACCUCGGCGAUCAAGCCUUCAGCAGGUUUGUGGCAUCAUUGCUUAGUACAUCAGUUCAGUUUGCCAGAUCGUCGGCGAAUCUGGCACCUGGCGGAUGCGGAAUUCAAUACAUGGAUUUGUCUGGCAACUGCUUGACAGACACAGCUGCGGUGGCGUUGGCAGAGUGCUUGACCUGGAUGCGAGAGAGUCUCGGAGGUCAUAUGCUGAGGUCCCUUCGGCUGUCCUGCAACAACAUUGGCCCGGCUGGAGCACAGGCACUGGCCCUGAGCUUCUUGCCACAGAACGCCACUGAUGCAAGUUCGCCGUACCGGCUUGCACUGUCCGAGAACCCGUUGGGCGACGAGGGUGUGACGCUCGUGGCACAUGCGGUUCGAAGAAGACGAUCUGCAGCAGUCCUGGAGCUGAGUAAUGUGGGCUGUGGCGCUUCCGGCCGCCUCCUCAGCCUCGCUGUAGGCAUGAAGCAAGUUUGCGCGACGGCGGAGAUGCCCAAAGAGGCUCCACGGUCUGCGGGUGCCCUGCGAUCACAAGGGUCACGUGCAGAUGCGGUGCUUCAGCGUGCUCGCAAAGCGCUGGGCACUCCUAGCCAGACCGCAGCUUCCAGGCCCCUGGCGGUCUCCUGCGACCCUGGCGGGCCUGGCGCGGCAGCUGGCGCGGCAGCUGGCGCGGCAGCCGUAGACUGUGUUGGAGUCGGAGCGCAUGCCUACGGCGCAGCUGUGGCGUCUCGAGGGCCCCGGCCCCUCCCUCAGCUCAGCGGUUCAGACGAGGCUGUCAUCGAAGACUUCUACGCGGUCUUGGACCGUGCUCGCAGCGUGCUGCAGAGGAAGCCUGGGGAUGGGCAGAAUGCGCUGCUUGUGGCUCCGACCCAGCAAAUGGCAAUGGCGAGCCACGAGCCCAUGCCUUAUCCGGGUCCGAGCUCGGCGAGCUCCGCGAGCUCGGGGAGCUCGGGGCCGGCAGGCCCAGGCCAAGGGUCCUGGGGGCCGGGAGGCCAAGGGAGCUCAGAGCUCCAGGUUUCGCAGCAGGAAGCUGCUCUGUCCGGCUCCUUUCGUCCCUCAAGCAGCGAGAGGGAGGCCCUGUCGUAUCAGCGCGCGGCGGCUGGCGUCUCGCACCUCCAGAAGGCUCUUCGACACCUGGAAGGCGGCCUGGGGAUGGAGCAGCGGGAGCGGGACGAGCCCGAGCCGGUCCUGCGUCCACGUCUCGACCUCAGCGAGCCGGAUGCGGAAGCCCUGGCGAUGCCGGAACGGAUGGUGCUGAUGGAGGGAAAAGUGGCAGAAAUGCAGGAGGACAUGCGACGACUUGAGCACACCGUAACAUCACUACAGGCUGAACCGGAGCGGGAGGACGAGAUCCGUGAAGAUCCGGCAUCAAGCGAGGUUUCCGAAACAGAUGCAGUGGUCUCCGAGACUGCUGAGGUGACCUCGGCGAUGACGACAAUGCAUCCGGUAACGGACCUGUCAGGUUCUGUGUCCCCUGCCGAUCAGGACACACACUCGCCACAGGACAGCCUGCCCGUGCCCACCAAGAAAGGUGGUCCGCCUUUGCCACCAAAAGGCAAGGGGAAGGGCAAGCUUGGAAAAGGUCCUCCACCUCCCACUGUCCCCAAAGCAGACGCACAGGCAGGGGACCAAGCCGGACCCCCACCACCUGCCAAGGGCAAGUCCGCAGGAAAAGGCAAGGGCCCAAAAGGUGGCAAGGGAGGCCCCGGUGCUCCGCCAAAAGGCCCACCUCCCAAAGGUGCAGGGCCUGCAAAGGCCCCCGGCAAGGAUCCGGUUCCGAAGGCGGAGUCCAAGGCUCCAUUUCUCAAGAAGCUGUACUGGAAGCAGGUGGACAUUCAAGAUGCGGAAGGGACCAUCUUCAGCGAGGAGACGAGAAGCAGGUCAAACACUUGCUCAGCUGCGAUUGAUUUCACAGCAUUGACUCGCAUGCUGGAGGCAGAACAGGCCAAGGGCUCCCAGCUGCAACGGCGGUCGUCUGGUGUCCUGAGCAAGGCUCAGCAGCGCAACAUCGGGACCAAGGUGUUGAGCGAUCACCGAGCACGAAACAUUGCCAUCGUUCUGAAGCGCCUGCCUCUCUCCACCAAAGACUUGGUCUUGGUCCUGAAGAAGCUGGAGUGGGAGAACGAGAGGAUCGGGACAGAUGAUUUGGAGCAGAUUCUGGAGGUCAUUCCUACGCAGGAGGAGGCGAAGCAUCUACGCGAACACAGCUCAGAGGAGGACUGCAGAAAGCUGCGGGAUGUGGAGCAGCUGGUGAUGCCACUUGCCUUACUGACCCGGGCUUCGGCCAGGGUCCGAGUCCUUUGCGUGGCUCGAAAUGCACGUCUGCAGUUCAAGUCCACGGCGCGGGCUCUCGCCAAGAUUCGAGCUGCGUGUUCUGCAAUCCAGAAGUCUGGCAUGCUGCGGAGUGUCACCAUGCUGGCACUGCAGCUGGGCAACUACAUCAACCACGGGGACUCGAAGAAAGGUGCGAAGGCCAUCGCGAUUAGCUCCUUGAUGGCCCUCAAGGAUUUCAAAGUUGGAGAGAUCUCGUCUCUCCACUUCCUUUGUGCCUCGCUGUUGCGCUCCAAUCCAAAGCUUGAUGCGGCACAAGCUCUCCUGAGAGAGCUCCAGCCGGCAGAGAGGAUCGCCAAGAUGCAGGUGCAGGGCCUUUCAGCAGCCUUGCGCACUUUCGCCCGAGACCUCGACACCGUCAAAGCUGAAUGCGAGAGCAUCGUUAAUGCCACAUGCCUUGGCGUGCAGGCCAGAAUCACCUCCAAGAAUACGAAGGCGAAGAAGGGUGGAAAGCUCAGCAUCCUUGCAGCUUUGCCCUUCACCGUGCCGGCCUUCGCUCCACAGGAGUUGGGGGAUGCACUGGACGAGGUCCAUGCGAUGGCGACCGCAGCAAGCGAAACCGUCGAGUUCAGUCCGAGCAGCCUGCAGCGGCAGGACGAGGAUGCGACUCGAUGGGUGGAGGACGUGAUGAAGAUUCGAGGUGGUGCACGGCGGCGGCUGCGGUGCAUGAGGAGGAUCGUGGAGAAGCUCCAUCAGCUCCUGAAGGUGGACAUGGAGCGCACGGCGGAAGAGGUGUAUUCUACGCUGCGUUUUUGUGGCGUGCUCUUGCAGAAGCCUUCGAACGAGGCCCUGGACAGAAUUGCAGCUGUGACAUUAGCAGAUUUUUAA